CAUUGCUCUUUUUUUUGGGGGUUUUAUAUGUCAUUUAAUAGGUGUUUUUUGAUUGGUUUGUGUUCUUGCUGAUUUCUAUUUUAGUUAUGGGCUUGGGUUGGUGAAUUGGGAAAGAUAAAGAUGUUGAUGAAUUUUAUGGAAUUGUGUAAUUUCUGCUAUUGCUUUUGUGCUUGGUGUCAUUAUAGUUAGAUAUUGUUUUCAAUUUUUCAUAGGCAUGAGUUUUGAUCUGUAUUCAUAGGAGAGAGCAAGGAAUCAUGUUUAUGAGUUGACCUUAAUUGGUUUUCAUAAGAAUUCACAUAGGUGAGAGCAAGAAAUCAUGUUUAUGGGUUGACCUUAAUUGGUUUUCAUAAGAAUUCACAUAGGAGAGAGCAAGGAAUCAUCUUUAUGGGUUGACCUUACUUGGUUUUCAUAAGAAUUCACAUAGGAGAGAGCAAGGAAUCCUGUUUAUGGGUUGACCUUAAUUGGUUUUCAUAAGAAUUCACAUAGGAGAGAGCAAGGAACACAAGAACACAUCAAGAGGGAACAUUUCCCACUGCCACAUUUCUUAAAAACCACACAUGAUUCUGGAAAGUACACAAAAUGUUUUUUUUUUUCCUUUCAAAUGUGUACAUCCGAAGUCAUGGUAGAGGGUGUGCAAAGAUUCUACUACACAUCAAAGAGUGUUGAUAUGCAUUGGAUCACUUCAAUGGGCCAUCCCGAAUUGCAACCCGACCUAAUAUUAAGAAUAACAAUGAGAAUCGGUCCCGUAUUUAGGAUAUCCUUUUAAUUUAGAACCGAUUCAAUAAGAAGGUUAAUAGGAUUGCUAAUUGAAUCAUUGUGGCACUUUGUAUUUGUUCUCCUGAAAGAAGUAAGAAACUCUCCUAUCACCUGUAGAUGUAGGUUACAUUGACCGAACCAUGCAGAAUCUAUGUGGAUUCUUCUUCAGCUGUCUGCUUUAAUUAUAUUUGUUCUCUUAUUCUGUCAUAACACUUUGCUUUCUAACUUCCAAGAUUUUGUAAUGUUGUGUUGGAUAUGUUAGAUAUAAUUAGUUGCGUCAUUUAUGGAUUAUCAGUAGCUAGUUGUCCUUGAUAGCCUUUUUGUGUUUGAAUCAUGUUGAUGGGCCGGCUCGAAUUGUAACACGGCCCACUAUUUUGGAGUUCAAAAUAUUAAGGAGAACAAUGAGAACCAGCCCCUUUUUAUAUAUUCCUUGUAAUGAACCAGUACAAUAAGGGGGUAAUAGGGUUGCUCAGAGUAUCAUUGCGGCUCUCUCUAUCUAUUUUUCUGAAAGCAGUAAGAAAUCCUCGCGUGGACGUAGGUAAAAUAGGGUCAGGGGUGCUACUCCAGGGAUUUCAAAGGAUAUGAUGUGUGUUUCAAGACACCAAUGCUUGUAGAUUGCAAUCCUCUUUGCUUUCAUUUUGUUCACUAAGUUCUGCAAACCAUUGUCGUCAUUGGUACAUUAAUAGCUAUUGGGAGUUACUGAGAGACAAAAAAUGAGUACACAUAAUAUGUUGGGCAAUGUUUUAAAUGAUAUACUUCAGGUGAUCACACCCUCACAAGAAGAUUGGGCGAUACGGUUUGCUAUUAUUAAUGAUUUGCGAAGCAUUGCUGAAUCUGUGCAAAGUCUGAGAGGAGCAACUGUUGAACCAUUUGGGUCAUUUGUAUCUAAUCUCUUCACACGAUGGGGAGACGUGGACAUUUCAAUCGAGUUAUUAAAUGGUUCCCAUAUUGCAUCUGUUGGGAGAAAACAAAAACAAACAUUGCUGGGAGAUUUUCUAAGAGUUUUGAGAUUGAAAGGUGGAUACAUGAACAUGCAGCUCAUCCUCAACGCGAGAGUUCCCAUUUUAAAAUUUAGAAGCAAACAACAGGGAAUAUCUUGUGACGUUUCGAUCAAUAACUUGCCGGGCCUGAUGAAAUCCAAGUUUUUACUUUGGAUCAACAGGAUAGAUGGUCGGUUUCAUGAUAUGGUUUUAGUGGUCAAGGAAUGGGCCAAAGCACAUAGAAUCAAUAACUCUAGAACCGGAUCUUUCAACUCCUAUUCCCUCAGUUUACUUGUAAUAUUUCAUUUUCAGACAUGUGCUCCUGCAAUUUUACCACCACUUAAAGAUAUAUACCCUGCAAAUAUGGUUGAUGAGCUGAGAGGUGUUAGAGCUGAUGUGGAGAAUCUUAUUUCAGAAACCUGUGGUGCAAACAUAAACAGGUUCAUAUCAGACAAGUCAAGGACCAUUAACAGAAAAUCUGUACCUGAGCUUUUUAUUGAUUUCCUGAGAAAGUUUGCUCAGAUGGAUUCAUGGGCCUCAGAGCUGGGAAUUUGCCCUUACAGUGGACAGCGAGAACAGAUAAAAAACAAUAUGAGAUGGUUGCCCAAGACAUAUGCGAUUUUCGUUGAAGACCCUUUUGAGCAGCCAGAAAAUUCCGCUAGAUCUGUCAGUGCUGGGCAGCUGAGGAAGAUAGCUGAAGCGUUUUUAAAGACGUACAGCCUACUCACCUCAAAAAAUCAGAAUCAAAACUCUCUCUUGGCCUGUUUAGCACCGCCACAUAUAGCAAGAAUUAUUGGCGGACCUGCCAUUCCAAGUUACAGUAGCGGUUACUUUCAUCCAACUCAGCCACAGCAACAGGUGCAGAGGGGUGUGCUCCCACACCCACAAUCACAACAUCAUUUUCAAAAUGUCAGGAAAGGAGCACGCGCCAACGGUUCAACUUCAAAAGCAAGCACCAAUGGUUCAACAUCAAGAGCAAACACCAUAGGUUCAACUUCGAAAGCAAGUGCCAACGGUUCAACUUCGAAAGCAAGUGCCAACGGUUCAACAUCGAAAGCAGGUGCCAAUGGUUUGACUUCAAAAGAAAGCGCCACCAGGUCGACUUCAAGAGCAAGCUCCAAUGGUUCAACUUCAAAAGCACCUCCGCAAGCACAUCAAGGCCAGCAACGGCCGACAUGGAGGCCAAAGGCCAAAGAUCCAAUAGCAUAGCCAGAAUACAUAAGGGAAUAUGUUACAUUGACAUAACUUGAUUUCUUGUGUUAUAAGUUAAUUGGCAUGAUUUUUUGUUCUGGAGGGUUAAAAAAAGAAUUACCCGAUUGGAUUUAUUACUUGACAUUUUGGUGGAGAUUAUAAUGCAAUGGUUGGAUUAGACAAUUC